AAUUGGUAAGGUUGGUGGGCCACCCCAUUUUGUUUGCCCAAACAAAAAACCAGACUAGAGGAAAACUGGGGGUGGCCUUGCUCUCUACUCUCUACCCUUCCAUCAAUCCAUUAAUCCUUUUCAAUUAGGCUUAAGAUCGAAAAAAUUAUCACCCAAAACAUUUAGAAUGUUUUUCCUUAACAUCAAAUCUGCUUUCUUUCCACAAAAUUCCAUUUUAGUUGUUUGAGAUUCUAAUGGUUACUUGAUUUCUGUCAAAAAGUAUUUGAUAGAUUGAUGCUUCGGAAAAAAAUAUUCCUUUAUUUACUGUCUCGAUGCCUCAAUUUCAAUGGUAUUUUCUUUGGUAUAUGGGAAAUGUUUAUUAAUUAUUUUCGUCUUCUUUUAGUCUCCUUAGGCCGUCAUUCCUAUUCAAACUGCCUUUUUUAGUCUAAAUAAAACCACAUCCCCAUCUGCUUCCUCUCUACUGUUCUUCAUCUCUCGCUUCUAUCUCUUAUUGAAAGCCAUUUCAAUUACCCUUCUUUUUCAAGCUCCAAACUCUCGCUUCUUCUCUUUCAACUUGAAAACGUCCUUCAUAUUCUUCUUACCUGACAACUGGCUUUUUUUUUUUUUUUCUGUUUAGUCCCUUUUGACAACUCCUAAAUCUCUCUGUACAUGGCAGGAAACAAAGCAUCAUUAAUGGCAGCCAACAAGUUUGCAACCAUGUUGCAUAAAAACACAAAUAGGAUCACUGUUAUUCUUGUCUAUGCAUUACUAGAAUGGAUUUUGAUCGUUCUUCUCCUUCUCAAUUCUCUGUUUUCUUACCUGAUCAUCAAAUUUGCUGAUUAUUUUGGUCUAAAAAGGCCCUGCCUUUGGUGUACUAGGCUUGAUCAUAUCUUCGAGCCAUCAAAGUACAAGAAUUCUUGUAGGGAUCUUGUGUGUGAUGAUCAUGCCAAGGAGAUUUCUGAAUUGGGUUAUUGUUCAAAUCAUCGGAAACUAGCAGAAUCUCAAGAUAUGUGUGAGGAGUGCUUGUCCUCAUCGCGGUCGGAUUGUUUUGAUUUGUCAAAGAAGUUCGCUUUUUUUCCAUGGAUGAAGCAGGUUGGUUUGAUCCAGGAUGAUAGUGAUAAAGUGAUAGAAAAUGGUGAAGAGAAUUUCAAGUGUUCUUGUUGUGGUGUCACGUUCGAGAAAAAGUGGAAUUUUCCUUACCUCCUUAUUAAGCCUUCUUGGGAGGUUUUGGAUUAUCCCCAGAAAGGAAAUUUAAUUACUGAAGCUGGAGGAGUUGAUGAUAUUGCAGAUGAAGGUAAUGCUUUAGAUGGAAUCAGAUCAGAUUUUGUGGGUGAUUAUCAGGAAAAUGAACGGAGGAUUGAAGAAAACAAUAGAGUUGAGAUCAUUUCUGAUGGUGAUAAUGAGGGUGUUAAAGGAAGAGAAUUGGAAAAGGAGGACUUUUCAUGUUUUAUUUCUAGUUUUGAUUGCAACCAAAUGGCUGCUAAUGAAGAUGGUAAAGAUGAUGUGGUUAUAGAGAAAGAUCAAAUAUCAAUGGAAGAAGAAGAAGAAGAAGAAGGAAACUUAAAUGUGUCAAUGGAUGACCAGGUGUUGACUCAAGUGGCUUGUAGGAAAGGGGAGUCUCCUGAAAUCCUACAUAAGCAUCUGGAGUUCUACAUCGAGGGGGAUGACUGUCAUUUGAUUCCAAUUGAAUUGAUGGAUUCUACUACUGCAGAAAGCCAAAGAAUAUACAAGUUUAGAGAGGAAGAUCAAGGUAUUUCUGGUAAUGGAGAUGUUAUUUUGGAUUUUGGUUUGCAUCGUGGGACACCGGUGGAACUGGUUGUGGAGAAUAGGCGCAGUUCAGCAGAGAAAGUGACAUUGCUUUCAAUCCGUGAGAGUGAGGAUGAAACCAGUGUUGCAGUAGUUGAAUCACUGGAGUCCAAUGAGAAGAAGCAGAGCUUUUCAACACAUGCAGGAGAGGAAGAAUUGACGGAGGAGGAAGUCGAGCAAGUUGCUAGCACUCAAACAACUCUGACCCCUUUGAAUGAAGCUGAUGAUCAAGGAAAUGCAGUAACAGGAGAAGGGGAAAUGGAUCUAGAUGUUAAUCAAGUUUCCGAUGAGCAAAAUGAUGAAAUUGAAGCAGAGAUCUCAAUAGGUACAGAUAUUCCUGACCAUGAACCGAUUGAAGAUAUUCAAAUGCAACAUUUGUAUGAAUGCACACAAGAAGAUCCCUCCAUCAGUUCUUCUCAAUUGCAUGCAGAUGCUGACCAUGGCUCCAAGAAUGCUGAUGAAGAAACUAUACUGUCUAAAACUAUAACAGUUGAGACAUGUGACCAAGCAAUAAAAAACAAUUUAUCACUAUAUUCAGAGCUUACUGAGAUUGAAGAAGAUAAAGUUCCUGAUACACCCACUUCUAUAGACAGCCUCCACCUGCUGCAUAAGAAGUUGCUGUUGCUUGACAGAAGAGAAUCAGGAAUGGAAGAUUCAUUGGAUGGAAGUGUUUUUAGUGACAUUGAGGGCGCUGAUGGGGUACUGACUGUUGAGAAGUUGAAAUCCGCAUUAAAAGCUGAAAGGAAGGCUUUAAAUGCUUUGUAUACAGAACUUGAGGAAGAAAGGAGUGCUUCUGCUGUAGCAGCGAACCAGACAAUGGCAAUGAUAAAUAGGCUUCAAGAAGAGAGGGCAGCAAUGCAGAUGGAAGCCUUGCAGUAUCAGAGGAUGAUGGAAGAACAGUCUGAAUAUGACCAAGAAGCCUUGCAGCUUCUGAAUGAGCUUAUGAUCAAGAGAGAGAAAGAGAAGGCAGAGCUAGAAAAAGAGUUGGAGAUAUAUCGCAGGAAGGUGCAGGAUUAUGAGGCCAAAGAGAAAAUGAUAAUGCUGAGAAGAAGGAAAGAUGACAGCACUAGGAGUGCAACUUCUGCAUCUUGCAGCAAUGCUGAGGAUAGUGAUGGACUAUCAGUUGAUCUGAAUCAUGAACCAAAGGAAGAAGAUAGCUUGGACAACCAUCUAGAGGAAAGCAACCAGAAUACCCCUGCUGAUGCAGUUCUGUAUUUGGAGGAGUCAUUGGCUAAUUUCGAGGAAGAAAGGCUGUCAAUUCUAGAGCAGCUCAAGGUCUUGGAAGAGAAAUUGGUUUCAUUGAAUGAUGAAGAGGAACAACAUUUUGAGGAUAUAAAAUCUGUUAAAUAUUUGUAUAAAGAAAAUGGUAAUGGCUUCCAUGAGAGUUCUGAUUUCAGCUAUGAAACAAAUGGGAUUGCCAAUGGCCAUUUCAAGGCAGUCAAUGGGAAACAUCAGCAAGAGAAAAAACUCGUGGCUACAAAGGCAAAGAGACUUCUCCCACUUUUUGAUGCCACUGAUGCAGAAACUGAAGAUGGAAUAUUGAAUGGACACAAAAAUGGCUUUGAUUCUGUUGGCUUGCAACAUUACUCACCAGCCAACUCUGAACUAGAGAGCAAAAAGCUUGCUAUUGAGGAAGAAGUGGAUCACGUUUAUGAAAGACUACAAGCACUUGAGGCAGAUAGGGAGUUUCUAAAGCAUUGUAUCAGCUCCUUGAGGAAAGGAGAUAAAGGAAUCUAUCUUCUUCAAGAGAUUUUACAACAUCUUCGUGAUUUAAGGAGUGUGGAACUCCGAGUAAGGAGUAUUGGAGAUACUGCAAUAUAGUUACAUUUGGCAGAAUACACUUGGAAUGCUAAUCGAAUGUUCAAUUGGAGUUGCUUAACCGCUGCAAAUUUAGGACUAAUAAAAAAAACACCAACUUGGGCGAUGUUCAACAAUAUAGGCGCCAAUACAGUUCCACAUUUUCGACAAUUUUCAAUGGGAAGUCCUUUAAUGGAGAGGGAGGCUUCUGCUGUUGUCUGCUUGGUGAUCUUGGUGGACUGAAAUUAUGAAAGUCUGUCAUUUCCCGGUUUCAGUGUCCAAGUAAUCCCAAAAUUUUUGUGGGUUCAGUUCUUCAUCACCUUUUUAAGGAAAAGGAGGAUGGUGAGUGUAUGUGUGUGCAAGCUAGUGUGGUGAAAGACAAGCUGCAUUUGUAUGUCGUGAGAAAGGGCCUGGCCUGCAGAGCUGGAGUGAUCCAACAAAGAUUCCUGUGCCAGAUGCAUAGCAUUAGUUUUUUCAGACGGUUAGAACUAGGAGGCUCUUUUUGUCAGUAUAUUUUUAUAAUCUUUCUAGGGAAAGGAAAGAAGGGGUAAGUAACCUCAUUUUCCUUCUCAUCUUUUGCAUCAUUUCAUCAUCUGGUGGGUCUGUCUAUUAUUUUGAGGAGAAAAGUUGAGUUACUUGUAUACUACAUGCAUCCAUCUGUAAGUAUAUAAAGUGAGUGUUUGUUUAUCCUGUUUGGGUUCUGUUAUUUAUUGUUGUUGUAUGUACAUGUUCCUUGUUCUAAAGUCUAUAACAGAGUUUGUCUGGUAGAUGUACCAAAACAAAAGCAUAAAAUAACAGUGAAAUAUAAGAAGCAAAGAUGCUUUAACAAUUGAUUUUUCUUUAGGAAUAAAACAACACAUAACAGGCCAACAACAGCUGAAACUAUAUCCAAAUAGCUUAAGGCUAAGGGUACUGUUAGAACAUGAUGCAGGCUUUCAAAUUGCACAAAUUUUAUGUUAUAAAAAAUGCACUGGGAUUUCUCUUUAUGCAAUUUUAUGCAAAUCAACUUUAUCAAUUAUCAUCCAUUCAUCAUCCUGUAAUGUUUCUUUCUAAAAAUAAUGAUAAGCAACCUGAUGUUGCGGCGCCGUAGUUGUUCACACUAAACUUUUGUGCAGCCAACAAGUUGCCAUUGCUAUCCUAUCAGAUCACUAUUAAUCGUUCAAAACUUUGUGCCCUCUUUUCUAUUUAUCAUAUGCUAAGCGGCUAAGCCUCAUCAAUCAAGCUGUCAUGAAAUAAUUUCGGUGCCAAUUGAAAACAUCAGUGUAUAAAUUCUGUAUGGCCAACUGCACGCAGGGAAUGGGUUGAAGAGAGUGAUCUGCCAGAGUGAAG